ACCUAUAGCUGCCGGAAUUACCGAUGGACCUUACAGCGAUAAUGGAGUCGAUCGUGAUUAUUAUAUGGAGCCGGGUGACAAAGAAUUUUCAUUUUUUAUAUUCUAAAUCGGACUAACUUCAACGUCCAACACGGUAACACCUACCCUGGUAACGGAGAGUGUUAUUAUUGAGUAGCAGAAGUAGUUAUGAACAAGAUAACCGGCACCGGAUAACAGAUAACCGGAUAAAAGCAGUCUGUUCCAAUCAAGCUUCCCAUCGCCAAUUAUGAAUAUAAUCCGGCCGCAGGCGGAAUAUCCAUAUAUCGCUCCCCAAACAAGCGCAGACCAAUGCACAAUUGCACAACACCAUCAGACACAGGGCACGCCCAGUGCACAGCCGGGAUGGAACGCAGGAGGUUUCUCCGGAGGAUUUAUGCAUUUAUUUAACCACCCAUGCUUUACAUUUAGCAGUCAGCAGAUAUCUCAAGGCAUGCCAGAAGAAAACACUGGAACAGCUAGUGAGAGGGACGUGGACCCGUACUAUCCGACAAAUGGCAACAGCAAAUAAUUUUGCAUUUAUUCGACCGGGCUACAAUUGGACCUACAUUGUACGGAAGGCCAAUGUUUCACCCUACUACAUCAAGCGGGUUUUGUGUGCAGCUGGAAAAACCGUAAUCUUUCGCGAAUCAGAUCAGAAGCGUUAUGGCGCUCUGCGGCCGGUUGUUCUGGAGUUGUUCAAACAAAACUGGUCUUUACGAGCAAUACAGCAGCAGGCCAAAACUUCCAUGGUAUGGGUGGAAAAAAUAAUCAAGGAUGCCGGUUUCACGCCUCCUCCUAAAACACUUCCUGGCCACCGGCCGCUUUUUAUGAAUUAUGUUGCUGCGGCAACCAGCUCCCCGCAGGAAUGUGCUGACCAGAAUAAUCAUGUCAGCAUCACGACUAUGGAGCAGGAUACUGCAGUGUCCAUAUGGGCCAUAUCGGAAUACCCAAAACAAAAAGAUUUAUCUCUCCAAAGUCAGCAUGAUCCAGUCGCGACAGUGUCUCACUCCGCAAGCGAAUUAUUUGCUAGCAACAGUGUCUUUCCGGAUGACCGGCAGCGCGGAUAUCUGUCCGACACCCCAGAGAAUGCGGAGUCUGGUCAAGAAAACAACGGCAUCGCCGAAAGCACCACCGAAGACCGGAAUGCGCCCAGUAAUCACAUGGAACUGGAUAUUCCUGAAGUCAGUGUUGAAUUAAUCGAGUCGGCUGAACAAUUCUUACCCGGCUGCAAAAUACGACAGGAAGAAUACAAUACUUUACCGGACGCUUACCUGGAAAAUGUCUCCGAAAUGCCGUUGCUACAUCCCCAAAAUAGCACAAGCGGUCGUAGAGGACGAUAUCAGUGCCAGAUUUGCUGUUUAUCAUGGGGCGAAGACGAAGCAUUCCUGUCACAUCUGGCAGACAGAGAGCACGAACAACUUUCUGCAAACGGGAUUUUCUUGCAUUGUACAGGGUGCAGAUUCAGAUCUCGAAAGCCGGAGACGAUGGGCAAACAUAUUAUUAAGUACCAGUCGCAAAGUUUACUAGAAAACUGCAUCAUGCAUUCGGUUAUUGCUAUCCGCUAAAGAAAAAAGCACUAAAGUUUGGUGUAAAACAGUAAAAACGAUCUUCUGGCUUGAGUGCGUUUACAUGCGAAAUUUAAAGGAGA